UUAAAAUAACAUUAAUGAAAUUUAGUAGGGGUUUUGAAACUGAACAUAAGGUGAGGGAAUUCUAGAAUGAAUGUACUUUUUAAUUCUUUUAAUUUUUUUGUCUUACAGCUUCUUAUAUCUUUUCUCUGCCUUGCAUACUAUUACAGAUAAAAGGAACUGUAAUGUUGAAAGAUGGGUCACAUCAACACACUUGGAGAAAUAUGAAUAAACUGUUGUAUUGUUUUUUCCUCCCUUAGUUUGUGGUGGCCGGUAUGUUUCCUGGAAUGGGAGUGUAAUUUCACCUUAUUAUCCUAGUUACUAUCCACCAAACAUUGACUGCCACUGGAUUAUCAAGGCUCCCCUCCCUGGAUACAGAUUGAUGUUAAAAAUUAUUGUAAUACAAAUUCAGGAACAAUCUCCUGGAUCCAAGAAAUGUGAUAAAGAUUGGCUGGCAAUUGAUGGAGUAAGAUAUUGCAAAGCUAUUGCAGAAGAAAACAGAGUCAAAGAAUAUGGCUAUUCCAUUUCAAUUAGCUUCCAUUCUGAUGAACUGGUCACCCACAGACUUGUCCAAGGCAGUUUAAAUGUUCUGACCGAUCAUGCGUUCCUUUAAAUAGUAAAUGUGAUGGGUGGAAUGACUGCACAGAUGGAAGUGAUGAAAUGGAUUGUGCGUAUAAAAGAUGUCUACCUCAAUCAUAUAAGUGUCUAAAUGGGAAAUGUCCAAAAAAAUUAAAUCCAGAAUGUGAUGGCAUAAGAGACUGUGAAGAUGGAUUUGAUGAAAUGAAUUGUGCAUGUGGAAGGAGUCAAGUAACGAAAUUCAGAAUUGUAGGUGGUGAAGAAUCAAGGCCUGGAAAGUGGCCUUGGCAAGCAAGCUUGCAACUGGGAACAUCUGGUCACAUAUGUGGCGCCUCUGUAAUUUCAAAUCGGUGGUUGGUAUCUGCUGCGCAUUGCUUUCAGGACUCCGAGUCUUUAAGAUACUCCAUAGCAUCUGGCUGGACAGCAUAUAUGGGUAUAAAAAGCAUUAACAAAUACAGCAAUAAUCAAGCAGUAAUGAGAUCAAUCAAAAGGAUAAUAGUCCAUCCAAAUUAUGACCAAUACAUCUCAGAUUAUGACAUUGCACUCUUGGAAAUGGAGGCACCGGUAUUUUUCACUGAGCUGGUACAGCCCGUAUGUUUACUGAGCAGUCCUAGAGUAUUUAUUUAUGGAACUGUCUGCUAUGUAACUGGCUGGGGAGCUGUAAAAGAAAAUAGUCAACUUACAAAAACAUUACAAGAAGCCAAAGUAAAAAUCAUUAACCAAAGUGUUUGCAACAAACUUUAUGAUUUUUUAAUUACAUCUCAAAUGCUAUGUGCUGGGAAUCUGAAUGGUGGUACAGAUGCAUGUCAGGGUGAUUCUGGAGGACCAUUAGCCUGUUUAGGAAAAGGAAACAGAUGGUACCUUACAGGCAUUGUCAGCUGGGGUGAAGGAUGUGCUCGAAGAAACCGCCCUGGAGUUUAUACUAAGGUCACAGCAUUUUAUGAAUGGAUCCACCAACACAUAAACUAACAAAUGGCUUAAAACAAAGCUGAAAGCAUCCAUACGUCCUUCAAUUACUAUGUACAAAACAGAUUGUAUAAAACGUUUUAAAAAAGCAAUUUGGAUGUUUUUGUUUAAAAUAAAAAAAAUUACCUUUUUGCACUAAAUAAUUAUUUAAUUAAGCAUGGGUAAUUUUCACUAUGUGAGCGCUGGUGGUAUUCUAUCAGCAAGAGGGAUUAGGAUUUUGUUGAAUGUUUCUUGGUUUGAUUUGUCUUCUGCUUUUCAUAUAUUUUCAUCUUGGUUUUGAUAUUUUCUCUUAAGAUGCAUAGCAGUAGUCAAUUUUUGAGAUGUAUAUAGAACUUUGCAAUUAUGCUGAAAAUAAAGGUCAGUUUCUUUGGAACAGAUGCUGGGUACUGCUGACAUCUCAGCAUUCAGUCAGAGUUCCUUUUAAAUUUAACUGGCUUGAACCUUGUGUUCUUUAAUUCCCUAGUAGAUUUUUUUGCUUUCUCUCCUCUAUUCCACAUUGCAUCUUGUUAAUAUGUAAAUGUUAACUGUAACAAAAUAAUGAAUUGGACAGAAACCUCCAAAAUUGGAGCAAUUGCUCAAUACCCAUGAACCUACAGGUAGUCCUUGAUUCAUUUAAUGACAGUUCAAAGUUACGACGGUCUCAGAAAAAGUG